UAGCCAAGUUUGACACAAGCACAAGGGAGUGUAUACUGCUCGCGAAUUUGCCUGCUGCACAAUUGCUUGCUUGCUACAGCAUCCGAACCAGUCAAUAAUAUUAUUACUGAGCCAGCCGAAAAAAAAACUUUUUUGUGUAGUGCCAAUCUAAGUAUUUGAUCAGGGUCAAAUUGGGCCCAUGAAAACGAAGCGUUUGUCAGGUGAUUUCAGUAGCCAGAUGGCUAGAACCAAUGUGUCGAAUCUGCUGACACAGCUAGGCCUUACUUCGUCAUCACCAGGUUCAUCGACCACAUCGCCUUCGUUGUCACCAUCUUCAUCAUCCGGGUCAAUGGCUGCAAGCGCAACGACAGCUAAAGUUCCCGUCGGUCCAUCCGUAUCUUCGCCUGCAUCUUCGGGUCAUGUAACCGAUAAAGCUCAAAUAAUUGAGAUGACAGAUAUGGCUGAAUAUCGGCGUUCUGUGAUUGCAUCAUACAAUGUCCGUUUUAUCGGAUCGAUCGCAUUACGACGGCGACAUACUUAUCCUAUGUUAAAUUGGAUCUUGACCGAUUUGCUCUAUCAAUCAAAAUGUGUUGGUAUGGAUCUUUCUGCUUGUAUCACUAAUUGCCUAAUGAAAGAAAACGACAACGAACGAGCUGAAGGUUUUCGACGUCUCAAACAACAGUUAAACCAGGAUGGGAACCAGAUCAACAACGGAUUGCUUGUCCGCAUGGACAUGAUAGUUGCAACUACAUCUGAAGGCAAUUCAUACAUGUUUCAGAUGUGCAAUCCAGUCGAUGGUCAAUGUCUAUUGCGUCACAAGUUUAGCCGCAUAUUUUUGCUAGGCAAAUACUAUCGACAGCCAUCGCUUUUCUACUAUGUUCACAAAUCAGAUGAAGACGUUGUUAACGCCGUACCCAGUAUUUAUCUGUUUCAGGCGGCAAAUCAGGUUCAGCAAUCCGAAAUUUGCAUGAAAUUUAACGAAUUACGAUGUAAACUACAAUCUUCGAUAGAUUCGUCAACCAAAGGAACAAAAUCAGCGAACGACUCGAAAGAUCCGAACAGUACUUACAAUCCGUUAUUCGAUCUGAACAACCAACAACUUAACAUAAACAACAAUUGUUUUGAAGUGCGCCAUAUUGGCUCGGUGCUCAUUACCCAAAAACGAUCAACGCCCUCUAUGAUUGAUCGGGCAGCCGACAAGCUUCAUCGAGAAAUCUUACGUGAUUAUCCUUCCGAUUCAGAUUCUACACUUGCAUCUGAUCGAUCUACAACCACCGAAUCGACCGCUGCUACCACCACCACCACUACUACCGCAACCAGCAAUAAACCAACGGUAAUUACAACUACAGGCUGUGCACGUCGUCAAUAUCGCAAAAAUCGUUUUCUCGUACAAGUCAUUGAAGAAUCUAACGAAUCAAACGAACCAGGAUGUCAAUCACCACCACCCCCACCGCAGCCGCCGCCGCCUUCAUUAUCAGAACCCACCGAAUCCAAAUCUUGGCAGCCGGAUACGAACGGAGCUAAACAGGAACCCAACAAAACUAUGUUAUUCAUCAUUGGCACAAUGGACAUCUGUCUGAUUUCAACCGAGAAUCAUCGACAAGUCUAUUCUAAGGUAUUUGCCAACAUUUCUCAUUGUUCUCAAGGUUCCAAACAUGCUGACCACUUUGGCGUCAUUGUACGUGAACCGUACGUGCCACCGCAACCAUCCGGUUUGGACUUUACAUCAAUGUCGCAGCAGCCGACCACAGCUACUGUUUGUCAAAAAGGUUCAUCAACUAAUCAAGACACCAAGACAACCGCAACAUCUACUGCCGAGAAUUAUGUGCUGCAUAUAUUCCAGUGCCAAUCCGAAUCAAUAUCCAAUGAUCUUUUAUGUUCAUUGCGUCAAUCUUUCAACAAUGCUUAUCGUCAUCAGCAGGCUACUGCUGCUAGAGCAACAGCAAAUGCUGCCGGUAGCAAAGAUAAUUCGCCUUCAUCAGCUGCAGGAUCACAGGAAAAUCUUUCUGCUCCAUCGGCACAGACUCUUAAAACCAACACCUCUACCAACAAUACCCAGUAUUGCAAUAACUGUCCGAUGAACUGGUUCCAUCAGCUUUGCCUUGAUAUAUAUGGUCUUGAUGAUGUUAAAAUUUUUGCCAUGCUUUUACAUCGAAUACGACAUGGCUCUUCGGAACGUCGUUGGCGCGAAUAUCAUACCGUAUUUGAAUACCUACAGCUAGAUCGACUAGAACAACGUGUUGACUUGUUGAUUAUUAUGCUCAAAGCACGAGUCGAACGAAUGCAACGAUAUCACGAAAUACGUGAUGGCAAAUGUCGUAUGGAUCUGAUCAGUCUUUAUGAACAAAUCGAACAAUAUGAUCCGGUUUUGCGUCAAUAUCAGCAACAGAAAUCUACUCUCAGUUUGAAUCGGCUCGAAGGUCUUCGAAUGAUGGCUCGCAGUUCAAUCAGCAAUACGUUCGAUGCAUUUCGCAAGCGAAAUCGACAAUCACAAUCUAAUGAGAAUCUACAGAACAAUUCUGCAACCAGUUCACCUUCGUCGUCGAUGAUGAACCUUAAUUCGCCCACCUUAUUUGGUGGUGGCUCUUUAUUCGCCUCGAUGCUAGCUCCUGAACAAUCGACAAAUACUGAUCAUCAUCAUCAGGCUUCUAAUUCGGUAGCACGCCAUGAAAGUCCAGUUGUCAAUCGCAAUAACAACCCGCAAUCAUUUCAACGCCGUAACACGGUAGCCGACUGCGGCCGAGAUGACGAAUCCGAACCGACAUUUGACACACAUCGGAAUCCUCUUCGUAAAAGCGGAUCGAUUGACGAAGAUGACGACAAUAUAAUUCAGAAGCAUUCGCCACCAACGGCAAUCGGAUCCCGAUCUAGCACACCUCAACGUAAUCAACCUUUAAUGGAUAUCUAUAUAAAGACUUCGAGUGGCAAUGCUAUGUCAUCUGCACAGUUUUCUAGUAUGGAAGAAUUGCGACAAAAUCUUAAUCAAUUACUUGAUCCUAAAUUGCUUGCGACUGAAACCGAGAACGAAGUUAACGACGAAUCGCAAGACGAAGACCACGAUGACCCAGUAUUCGAAGAUAAUCAGCGACGACAUUCGUAUCAUGAUCAGGAAGGUUUCCAGGUGCCCAAUGAUGAAAACACACAUGCUGGUGUUGCAGAUGCUUCAUCUACAAUUCAGAUGCGUCAUCGGCUAUUUCGUCGCAUUCGAAAAUCGCUGAAUCAAUACAAAUCUAAUGCCGACAUCGAAAACUUAAUCAACAAUCGGGAUGAUCUAUUAUUGAAUGUGCCCACUACUAGCGUUCCAGUUGUCCUUAGCUCUCCAUCACUUCACCAAUUAGACUCGCAGCCGCAACAGCCACUAAAAGAUGAAAAUAAUCGUUCGUGCAAGGCACGACAACUAUGGCAAUUUGCAAUCCGCAAGCAGCUUCAACUUCUUAAACAUGAAAAUGUUCGAAAGCAAAAGCAGCAGGCAGCAACAAAUGACGUUCAGUCUAAUCAUUCACAAGCUAAAUCACAUUUACAGGAAUCAAAUGCAGACGAACCACAGAAACCACAUCCAACAACUUCCGUAAAAGUCGAAACAAACAGCAAUCAGCAAUCCGUCAGUAAUACCGGAUCCUGUUCGCUUAUAGAUCGCGUUAGUCAAUUGUACGCGGAUAUUCCUGCCAUCGAAACUCAAUCACAACUAGAUAUGGCCAUAUUACAAUGGCGCAAAUUGAUAGAGAUGUUUGAGAAUUAUUGUCAUAAUAACCCGGGACAGCCGCAACAACAACCACAAUCAAGUGUUACCGAAAACGAACGUUCGAUCCAGACCGACGCACAGAAUUUACAUUGGUGGAGCCAUUAUGAACGAUCAAUUGUUGACGCACUUCGUAUGGGUGUACCCAAAGAGAUUCGAUCAACUGUUUGGAAAUUUCUUGCCAAAUAUCGUCGAUAUCGUCAACAUGGACAAUGUGAUGCCUUAUCUACGCCACGUACUACUAGACCAAGCUAUCGUAAUUUGCUCAAACAAUUGGCCAUUCAUCAACAUGCAAUAUUUGUCGAUCUUGGUCGUACGUUUCCGACAGUUCCAUAUUUUGCCGAACCAAUGGGACCUGGCCAAUUGGCUCUUUACAAUCUGCUCAAAGCAUAUUCGUUGCUCGACAAAGAAGUGGAAUAUUGUCAAGGUUUGAGUUUUGUUGCCGGUAUAUUGCUUUUACAUAUGAACGAAGAUGAUGCCUUUGAUCAACUUUGCUAUGUUUUAUAUGAAUGUGGUCUUCGAGAACAAUACAAACCAUCGAUGGAUGCUUUGCAGAUGCAAAUGUAUCAAUUGAAUCGUUUGCUUUACGAUCUAAAUCGCCCGCUUUAUGAUCAUCUGGAUAGAAUGGACAUUUCACCUACAUUAUAUGCGGCUCCUUCCUUUCUUACUGUAUUUGCCUCGCAAUUACCGAUCGGAUUCGUAGCACGAAUAUUCGAUUUGCUCAUGUUCUAUGGCAUGGAAGCUAUAUUCCGGGUUUUCUAUCAUCUUAUCGAUCGUAUUAGAGACGAAAUUCUCAGCACACCGAUUGAUGACUUAGAGCGGAUUAUGCAUUUACUACGAGUUGUUAUGCUUGAUUUAAGCGCAGAUGAUAUGGCUCGAUUUUUUGAACGAUGUUUACCAGUGAUUAACAGCAGCAGCAAUCCACAGUCUAUUUAUACGAUGAAUUCACGACUAGAACAAUAUCGAUUGGAAUAUCAGAUUUUACAAGAAGAAUUUGUUCAUCUAAAUAAAAUCAACAAGCUUGCCGUCGAACAGAAAUUACAACUUAAACAGAAACAGCAGCAGCAGCAGCAGCUUAAACCUACACAAAAACUUCAGCCAAAAAUCGAUUCACAUCAACGAAAUUCAAUUGAAACAAUCGCCGCAACUACCAGCAUCACUACCGCUGUAGAACAACCAUCAGCUUUAUGUUCGGCCAAAUUAAUCGAAUGCCUACGAGAUGAAAAUCGUCGACUGCGUGAACAAAUGGAACGACUUCAAAAACAAAACUUGCAGCUUAGCCGACAAGUCGAAGAAUUACAAUUACAAGUACGACGCCAGAGUCAUUGAUACUGUUGAGGUUUUCAAAAAGUUAAAUACAACAAACACACACACACACCUAACAUGAUGAUAAUGAUUACAACGUGCCUUCUAGCCAUUCUAAUAUAAUUUUUUAU